GCCAAACUCCCAUAGACUUAGCAGCACGUCAUAAGGAUGUGAAGGAAGCCUUGCUGGCGUAUAGGGACAAUCCCGAAAAGGUGAUGAAGAUGAAGUACGACUCGAAGGUGGCGGAGUCAGUCAACCUGCAGAGGGAAAACGAAAAGAUCAAGAAGGACCUUCAGGAAAAGGAAAAGGAAAUCAAAUUACUGCGGGACAAUCUCAAGGAGCAGCAGGAGAAGGCGAAGACAGAAAUCAAACAGGUAGAGGAGCAGGUGAAGCAAGCGCAAUUGAAUCAGCGAAGGUGUGAGAGUGAGGCGAGGGACCGUGAGGCAGAGAAGGAAGGUCUCAACGAGCAAAUCGCAGAUCUUCAGGAACGCAAUGCAACUUUACAGGCAGAACAUAAUGAAAGGGUGAAAAGUCUCAAAAGAAGGGAGAAGAGGAAAGAGGAAGAGGCUGCCGAAGCGAGAGGCGAGCUUGAGAGCGAGCUCAGGCGGACGAGACAAAGGAUCGAGGUCCUCAAGAAAAAACUCAGAGAUCAAGAAGAGGAAAGAGAAAUGGACUCGCAACUCGAAGAGGAAGACAGCGUAUUAAAGCGAAUGACUUGGCAGUUCAGAGAACAAGAACAAAAGAAACAAAAACUUCAAUCCUCGGCCUCAGGCAGGAAGAGCAGGGCCUGGGGAGCAGCUGCCAGCGAUGAGACUCAGCCAGCAGCUGCCACGGACGGGGCUAGGGAGCGGCGGGGCGGGAGAGACAAGCCUCAGCAAACAGCUGGCAGCAGAGGCAAGGCUAGGAAAGCACCAGAAAACGACGAGCCUGUGCAGUCCGCAGGCAGGAGGGAAGGGGCAGGGGGGAAGGUAGACAGGAGAGCCAAGUCUAAGGGGCUAGCCGACAGGGACGAGUCGUCACAAGAAGACGACAGGGACGAGUCGUCACAAGAAGACGACAGGGACGAGUCGUCACAAGAAGACGACAGCGACGAGUCGUCACAAGAAGACGACAGCGACGAGUCGGCAGAAGACGACAGGGUCGAGUCAGUGUGAUUUCAUCCAACUUCGUAAAGACCCUGUGUAAAAAUAACGAAUAAAUAUAU